UACGCGAAGCGAAAGGAACACGGAGUGAUCGUCCCAGCGAGGCAAAUUGAAUAAAUAAGCACUAUUUCAGCUAAAGUAAUACUUGAUAACAUUAAGUUAUAAUCUAUAUCCACGUCUGAUAUCACAGAGAUGUGUAAAUGUUAAUUUAAACGGCCGUGUUGCGCCUCUGUUUGUUUAGCUAGCUGUUAUCACGACGCUAUCUGACUGCAGCCAAACACACCGCCUUUGUGGCUAUGAGUACGGACUUACUAUCUGAUUUGGACACUCGUUUCUUCGCUGAUAACCUCCUGACAAGCGAAGACUGGGAUGCCUGCCUGUAUCAGUGUGAGAGCAUGGAGGAGGGAGAGGAUGGAGAGCUCGGCCCCAGGCUGAAAUACGAACCGUCGUUUGACAACGACCUCGUGCUCACCCUCGAUCCUGACAACCCCACGUCGCCAUGGCAACACCUUGACGACAACCUUCUCACAGGUGAAACUCCUGUGAUAAAGAAUGAAAUGACGAUCACUCAGCCUCUACCUGUAGACAUGUUGUUCCAGGUGAAGUCGGAGCCUCUCUCUCCUGCAUCCUCUCACGGGUCCGACUGCUCAGUGUCGUCACCAGAUCCACAGAUCACAGUUAAAGGUGAAAACCCUCCGACUCCUCCCUACAUGUACGGGGACGUGCUGUCUCCUCCUCUCGGGUCCAUGGAGAUCACUGUGGCAACAACAGCAGUACCCCAGCAACAGACGCAGCUACAGACAGCACUAACCACACAGAUCCCAGCAGUGAUUGGAGGGAUUCAGACGCAGGCUGCAGUGUUACCUGGUCCCGCGCUGAAGGCGAACACCAUCCUGAGCACCAAACCCCCCAUCCAGCCUCGACCAGUGUGUGUCACCACCCUCCCUGUCCCCCAGACCCCAACACCCGCCAAGACCCUGAUCCUGCAGGGCCUCCCUUCCAUGGACCAGAGCAGACCAGUCGUCCUGUCUCAGUCCGUCUGCCUCGGAUCGGCCCCAGCCAUUGUCAAAGUGGAGCCUGUUUCUCCCAGCAUCCCUCAGCACUGCUCCAGCCCCACAGCUCCACCAACCAGCAAACCUAUCGUCCCAGCGACCACAACUUUACCCGGCAACAGCUCCAAUGACAUCGAUAUGAAGGUCCUGAAGCGGCAGCAGCGGAUGAUAAAGAACAGGGAGUCGGCGUGCCAGUCGAGGAAGAAGAAGAAAGAGUACCUGCAGAACCUGGAGGCCCAGCUGAGGGAGGCUCAGCAGGAGAACGAGCGUCUCCGCAGAGAGAACCAGGCACUGAGGGAGAGGCUGGCCGGGAAGGAGGGCAGUGAAUCAGCGAGCAACAAACGGGCUGUGUGCGUCAUGGCCAUCCUUCUAUUCAUGACCUUCAGCUUCGGACCCGUCAGUAUUACAGACAGGAAGCUGACAGGCCUGCAGGACGAUGUGGUGUCGUUCACGGGGCGGCGGCUACAGCAGAUCAAAGAGCAGCAACAACAGCAGCAGGAAGCCGCUGCUCCACCUCUGAGCAGAGCAGAGGAGAGAACAGAGAUGGAGGAGGAGGCAGGAGAAGAAGCUGCAGAGACGUUUCAGUUCAGGAAUCUGAGUGACGUGUUCAGUGACAUGAAGGAUCUGGUGCUGCAGGACAUCGAUCGGUACUUCUCCUCGUCAGACUGCAGACAGUUCAACCGCUCUGAGUCUCUGAGGCUGGCUGAUGAGCUGAGAGGUUGGGUUCAUCGGCAUCAGAUCGACAGGAAGAAGUCUGGAGGGAAAGCAAAAAUUGCCAAGAAGGCCAAAAUAGCUCAGAAAGCUCAGCUGAGGAAGACAAACUUCUCCAGAUACCUGCCGAUCCAGAGUCACAGGUCCAUAGAAAGUCAGCUGCAGGUGCUCCCUGGUCCUGAGGUCACCUACAGCGACUUCCUGGAUGCCAUUGACCGCCGAGAGGACACAUUCUACGUCGUUUCAUUCAGACGGGAUCACCUUCUGCUGCCGGCCAUCAGCCACAAUAAAACCAGCAGGCCUAAAAUGUCUCUGGUGAUGCCCGCCAUGUCAGUGAACGAGAGUCUGUAUAACUCGUCUCAGGGCUACGAGAUGAUGAUGCAGGUGGACUGUGAGGUCAUGGACACCCGCAUCAUCCCCAUCAAGGCGUCCGCUGUCCCCCCGUCCCUCCGCGACACGCCUACUCCUCCCCCUUCCUCCCACCACCACCAUCACAACCACCAUCACCACGGCAACCACACCUCGCUGCGAGGACGCCACCAGCAUCACCACCCCUCCUCGUCUCCGUCCUCCUCCUCUUCUUCGCCGUCGCCUCAGAGGCAGCCUCUUCCCGCCCGGCAACGGACAGCCGAGUACUUUAUCAGCCAAUCAGAAGGCGUCUGAGAAAAGAAGGACAUUUAGAGCUGAACGUUUAAAGAUGUUUAAUCUCCAUCUUCACUACAGCAGGUAACAAACACAAAAAUCCACACAAAGAAACAUUUCAAGAGAAAAUCCUUAAGUGGGUUUUCGUCUUUGAUUGACGCCCUGAAACAAAGCAGCGUUACUGAAAUCCUCCUUGUUUUGGUAUUUUUGGUGUGUUUAAUUAAAUUAAAGCCUCCUUUA